AUGUCAACGUCUGCUGGAAUCGUGCAUUUGGAGGCGUGGUCACCGCAGAACAAGGUGCACGGUGUGUUUGUUGUGAAAAUAGAGAAACAGGGCGGCUCCACAAUGGCGGCCUUCUACAUAACCGAACAGGGCGAGGCCUUGCUGUGGUCACACUGGCUGGAGAAAAAUCCUGAAUAUGAACUCAACCCAGAGCUGGACCCUCCCUGGUCUCAUCCAGAGCUGAAGCCGAGCUGGGACCUCCACUACACACACACCUACUACCACUACCAAGAGCAGUUCAGAUACUGGAGCAAGCAGGGCUGGACCGCUGAGGAGACCAGUGUGGACCAGCAAAACGAGGAGACCAGAAGAGACCAGCAAAACGAGGAGACCAGAGGAGACCAGCAAAACGAGGAGACCAGAGGAGACCAGCAAAACGAGGAGACCAGCAAAACGAGGGAAAUGUGGCAACCUAUUUAG